CGCGGAGGCCGGGGUGAGGGGCCAGGCCCGAGCCGCUGUGUGGAGCCGGUCGUCCGCCUCGCCGGCGCCUCCGCUCUGUGGAGGAGCAGCAGCCGCCGAAGGGUGCGGGAUAUUAGAAAUGGCUACUCCCCAGUCAGUUUUCAUCUUUGCAAUUUGCAUUUUAAUGAUAACAGAAUUAAUUUUGGCCUCAAAAAGUUACUAUGAUAUCUUAGGUGUGCCAAAAUCGGCAUCAGAGCGCCAAAUCAAGAAGGCCUUUCACAAGUUGGCCAUGAAGUACCAUCCUGACAAAAAUAAGAGCCCUGAUGCUGAAACAAAAUUCAGAGAGAUUGCAGAAGCGUAUGAAACACUCUCAGAUGCUAAUAGGCGAAAAGAAUAUGAUACACUUGGACACAGUGCUUUUACUAAUGAUAAAGGACAAAGAGGUAGUGGAAGUCCUUUCGAGCAGUCAUUUAACUUCAAUUUUGAUGACUUAUUUAAAGACUUUGGUUUUUUUGGUCAAAACCAAAACACUCGGUCUAAGAAGCAAUUUGAAAAUCACUUCCAGACACGCCAGGAUGGUUCCAGUAGACAAAGGCAUCAUUUCCAGGAGUUUUCUUUUGGAGGUGGACUGUUUGAUGACAUGUUUGAAGAUAUGGAGAAAAUGUUUUCUUUUAGUGGUUUUGACACCACUAAUCGGCACACAGUACAGACUGAAAAUAGAUUCCAUAGAUCUAGCAAGCACUGCAGAACUGUCACUCAACGAAGAGGAAAUAUGGUUACUACAUACACUGACUGUUCAGGACAGUAGUUUAUUCUUUUUUCUGUUCUCACUAAACCCAACUAGUUGACUUGUCUUCAAUAUAUUUGAUGCAAAACAAUUUUCUGUGAACUAUUUUGACAAGUGCAUGAUUUCACUUAACUUGAUAUAGCUAUUAAAUAUAUUUAAAUUGUUUUUGACAUAUUUCAGCAACAUUCAGUUUGUAAAGAAAUAGCUAAUUAUUAAUUUCCCUGAUUACGAAAGGUUCUUUAAAAGAAAAUAUUAUAAUUCUGCCUGGUCUUUUUUUCCUACCCGCCCUUGGGCUUAUUAAUGUGGCCAGUUUUAUUACCAAGAAAAGAUUGUUUGCCUAAUACAUAUUUAAAGGUUAAACUUUAACAGUUAUUAUAGAUUUAAAUUGUGUGAACUUGAAUGAUUUUUGCAGUGAACCUUGGCUCAUUUAAAAUUGCAUGCUCUGUAGCAUCUCUAACCUGGGUUGCUAAAUGUAUGUGAAACUGUAUAAUUGAGUCAGUCAGCAAAGGAUAACAGUAUCUUGGUUAAUUUCCACUGAAAGCUUCAGAAAGUCAUGCUUUAAUAUUUACUACCGAACCAUGCCUUUCUACAGUAGAAUUGGAGUAAAGGAAGUGAUUAUAUUGCUUAUAGUCCUUUAGGCUGAAAGUUGAAAACUUAUGAAAUAUGGCCAAGAGAUUGUUACAUGUUUGGUCCCUGGCUAAUGAUUUGUUUUGUUGAAAUUAUAGCUACUUUACACAUCUUUUCAUAUUUCUUUCUUAGUUGUUGGCACUCUAGGUCUUAAUACGGAUUUAUGUAUUUUUUUGUGUGUGGUUCCUCGCACUCAUCUUUAUCUAGAGAUUGACUAAUACCUCAUUCUGUUUGUAAAAACAGCCAGUAAUUUCUGUGCAACCUUAUUAUGUGCAAUAUUUUUAAAUCCUAAGAAAUGUGUGCUUUUGUUUUCAGAUAGACUUAUUUCUUUAGUUCUGCACUUUUCCACAUUUUACUCCAUAUGAGUAUUAAUCCUAUGGAUACAUAUUAAAACUAGUAAAUGUCUCAUACAACAUUGUGUGUGAGAGAAAUAUAGUAUUUACAAUA